AUGGAGGAUGAAUCAGGGUUAGAUACAUUGAAACAAAUUAAGAAGGAAAUUAGAAGAGACUGUACAUCAUUAAGAAAUAGACUGCAGAGCGUUUUUUAUGACAGUAAGUUUAUAGCAAAUGAAGUACUUCCCAUGUUUCCCAACUACCCUCUUGUACCCAACGAGCGUUGUGGUUUGUGGUACUGCAAUCCUGGAAAAUACGAGCAAACAUGUUAUUUCAAGUCAACUGAUGGACAUACCAAUCAAUGGGAUUUCAGUACAAGGAGAUUGAAUUUUCAUAUACUGUCAAAAAUGGCUGAAGCCGGGGGUAUAAUCAUUGUGGAUAGUACCAGACGAGGCAAAAAGAUGCCAGAUGCGCUGAGUAAAACCAUACCGAUCUGGUGUGCGGUUUUGAAUAAUUUAAUGCUUGAUUAUAAGGGUAAGGAAGAUAGCAUACCGUCGCUGUUUUGUCCACCAGGAACAGUUUCAAAGUUAGAAUUUGAUGGCAUACACUCUAAAGUUCCUGAUUUGGUUGAAAAGCUGAAAAAAUUAAAUAUUAUUAGCGGGGAAGAAUUGUACAAUAUGUUCCAAGGCAAGGUGCUACGUCCUUUCUGGGUUUAUCCUGGAUCGCCGUUGCUUGAUACUUCCAGAGAUAUUUUCACAGGAGAGGUCCUGGGAAAUGUUUGGCAAUCUGAGCAAAAUAGUAUUCCAGUCAUUUUAUGCACAGCUAGUUACCAAUGCCAGGAUGGUGAAGAUAAACAUCAUGGGUUCACUUAUGUCCAAGGUGCAGCAGAUGACCAUGAGUUAUGGGCAAACGGAUUGAACCCUGAAAUCUUUUGGAAGAAUAUCGAAUUCCUUGGAGAUCCAGAUAAAUCUGAAUUUGAGUUAGAGGAUUUUGUUCAAAGAAUAGGACGGACUGAAAAAUUGACUGCUCAAUCCAACAAACAAUCUGACAGAGAAUCUUCGUCUUCUUUCAUCAAGGUUGAUGAAAUCACGAAAAAUUUGUAUUUGGGUACCGUUGCUGAAGGGAUAGCACUUACCGAGAACAUAGAAAAAGAACUAAAAUCCAAAUACUCACUAUGCAUUAUCUGUAGCCAAUCUGUUACAGCGAAAGCAGACUGUAACUGCGAAAGGAUUAAAGUAUAUCCUAUUAACAAUAAUUCAAAAAAGAGUUCCAGAGACUUACGUGUUGCCCUGAUAGAAAUAAGUGGCCUAAUAAAGCAGCACAUCACAGAUCAAUUGCCAAUUUUAAUAUGCUGCAAUACAGGUAAAGAUAUCUCCAUUGGUAUUAUGCUGACUGCGCUGUGCCAGCAUUAUGAUCUUCAAUGGCAUCUCGAAGAACAAGAAACCGUUAACAAGACAAUUGUCAAAAAACAUCUUGCUCGUAUUAUAACAAAAUUAAGUGGAAUUAAUAUCAACCCUUCAAGAUCAACACUGAAGAAUGUGAAUGCCUUUUUACUAUGA